GCCCCGCCACUUCAUCUUUGAGGCCUCCUCUCUCCUUCCCGCCCUCCCAAGGCAGCUACUCUCCGUUUCUUCUUGCUCUGCAUCUUCCCCUUUCGUCGCGUUUGGUUUUGCAUUCUUUACCAAUUCUUCUAGAUAUUCUUUACUUUCUCCGAAACAAAGAAAGCGCUUCGGAGAUCUCCGCUUUCUCUCCAUUUUCGCCGUCAGGAUCUCUGCUCUUUCUGUAAGCACUAUUCCAUUCGAGUCUUCACACGACAGCUUCGCUCGGAAAUAGUAACAGAUCCGCCAUAUGAUCUACUGGAUUCCGGAAAUUGCAGUGAACAGGUUUAACUGUUUGUAAGUCUGUUCGCCAAUCGUUGAUUCCAAUUUGGAGGCGAUAUUUAUUGAUUUUGGAAAUCAAUUUUGAUUGCUUUCUGUAUCUCCGCCUUACUCUUGUCCGCAUCUCAACGUUUUCCUCUUAACUUCACGUGUCGGUUGGAACAAGAGUGAAGAACAAACGAAGUACCUUAGCUUUGAACUCGAGAGCUUUGGCAGGAUGAAAAUAUGUACGAUGAUGACACUUGCCUUGGUAUUGGUAACAUGCGCGCCACGUCGUGUUUGCUCGGAGGAGCGGCUUCUGGUGAAGAUGACUCUGGUUCAAAACGCUUCGGCUCUCGGAGCUUAUUGCCUGGACGGUAGCUUGCCCGCUUAUCAUCUCCACAGAGGAUUCGGCGCCGGAGCACGCAACUGGCUUUUACAGUUCGAGGGAGGCGGGUGGUGUAAUGAUGUGGAAUCAUGCUUGGAGAGAGCCCAAACGCGCCGUGGAUCUACACGUUACAUGAGCAAGUGGGAGGUCUUCUCUGGCAUCUUAAGCGACAACGCCUCUCUCAAUCCCGACUUUUACAACUGGAAUCGUGUAAAGAUAAGAUAUUGUGAUGGGGCCUCUUUUGCUGGAGAUUCUUUGUUCUAUAAUGGGACAUCAUUGCUUUACUUCAGAGGGCAGAGGAUUUGGAAAGCAAUCAUUUUUGACCUUCUACCUAAGGGCUUGGGCAAUGCAAAAAAGGCUUUGCUUUCCGGGUGCUCUGCUGGAGGUUUGGCAUCUUUUUUGCACUGUAACAACUUCACAAGUUAUCUACCAAGUAAUACUAGUGUGAAAUGCUUAAGUGAUGCUGGAUUUUUUCUUGAUGCGAGAGACAUAAGUCUGAAUCAUACCAUUAGAUCCUUCUACGAAGACCUUAUUUCUUUACAGGGGAUAGAGCAGAAUCUGGACAAAAAUUGCACUAGGACUCUCUAUUAUCCAAAACAAGUAUGGUUUCCACAGUAUUUGUUGAGAUAUAUUAGAACACCAUUUUUCAUCUUAAACUCUGCAUAUGAUGUGUACCAGUUCCAUCACAUAUUGGUGCCGCCGUCUGCUGAUCCACGUGGACAUUGGAACCACUGCAAGCUUAAUCCAGUCGCAUGUAAUGCAAGCCAGAUAGAUAUCUUGCAAGGGUUCCGGAGGGAUAUGCUUGCUGCUUUGACUUCAUUCUAUAACUACUCGAGAAGAGGGGGGUUGUUCAUAAACUCGUGUUUUGCACAUUGCCAAAGUGAGUCACAAGAUACAUGGUUCGCAGCUGACUCCCCAAGAGUGCACAACAAGACCAUUGCUCAAGCAGUUGGUGACUGGUACUUUGGGAGAAAUGUGACCAAGGAAAUCGAUUGCGCGUACCCAUGUGAUUCUACGUGCCAUAACUUGAUUGGCUGAGAGAUGACGGCUGGCAUGGAGUUCAGUUGGAGUUUGAGCAGUGAGGGCCUUGGUUUUAUUCAUACAAUACAGAAUACCUAGCAAUUCUUUCAGGUUCUAUAGAAAGUUCAGAUGCUAGCAAGAUAAUAAGAAGUUCAUUAGAGAUAGGACACGGGACACCGGGUGGAGAAAACUAUCAGACAGUUUUAAGGUAGUAUACCAAUGUAUCAUUUAUUCAACGUAUUGAAUUCAUCAAUCAAUAAAUGUUCUGAAUAUUCUUAGUCA